UGCAGUAUUUUAAAGCUCCCAUCAAGACUGAAGGAGAGAGAGCCAAUUUGCAAACAGCAAAGAAGGACCUUUUCUUUAACUUUGAAAAAUAACCAGUCAUGAUUCGGAAAAGCACACUUCUAACUACUUUGAUUCUUCAUCUAAUUUCACUGGAAGGGGGACAGAGCAUUGACCCUGAUGUGAUGCUGAAAUCAUGCUUCCCUCCAGCCAGACCUUCGGUUACCAAUAUCAAUGCGAUCUGUCUUUAUGGCAAUGGUCGUCCCAGAUAUCCUGCCAGCUAUUUCCCUUCAUCGGGUCAUGCUUACGCUCGUCGUGCUGUUAAUGCAGUCAACAGGCUGGAGUCGUGGUUUGAUCAGUGCUGCUAUGGAGGUUUGUCCCUUGGAAAUGGACAGAUCCUUUGCUGUGCAGAACAGGCGUGGAAAAAUACCUUGUCCUAUUUCUGUGUCGAGGAAUACUCCACCAAGACUUUGGUCCAUGAGUGCUGUGAAAAGAAGGGAGAAGAACGGUGGAACUGCUUUGAAAGUCAGGCUCCUAACCCUUCCUACCAACCCAUGUGUGGUUACACUGCCCCACCUGACAGGAUUUUCACCUGGGACCCCAACACCUGUUAAAGGUCUUACUGCGAUAUGUUUUUAUUUCAUUUAGCAGCACACAACCUGUGUCCAUUAAUCAAAUGUGAAUCACAAGAGGCAUAAUAUAGAAUGAUUUUCAUGUAAAUUAAACAUGCUCAGUGUUCUAGAAGAGCUGGAAUGUAACCCUGUGUAUCAAUACAUUUAUUUUCCCAUGAAUUAUUUUAUGUCAUAGAAGAAUAUGCAAAAUAAAAUUUGCUCAUAACAUUUGAA